CGCCAUGGUGCUGGAGCAUCGCGCGCGGAAUCUGCCGCGGCUUCUUGGGACCAUCUUGCUCGUCUUCGCCGUCCAGUUCAUCGUGCUUUCAUGGUACUUUGGCGUCAAGUUCGAAGACAUGCACGGGCAGAUCUUCCACAUGACGAUGGAACGCGGCGUCGACACUGAGGGCGACGACGACACCUCCAUGAGCCCCAACACCGCACCCAACGGGCACACAGAAUCGUCCUUCCGACGAGCCAUCGUCGUCUACUUUCCCCACGACAAGCAAGCCGAGCUUCUCCCGGCAUUCCUCGGGCUGCGCGCGAGUUGGUUGGAUAUGUUGGACCACGAACCGUCGAAAUGGCGGACGGACCUCGUCGUGUACACAUCCGCGCCUGCCGCCCACCCCAACACCCCUGCAUCUCCUCUGCUGUCUGUCUUGGACACGUUCGGGUGCACCACAACGCGUCGACGGUCCAACGACGAGCCGAAUCGGUGCGUGGUCGUCCCGUCGUACGUUCCCAUCGCCCCGAGCACUCCAUCCGCCCGCUUGGUCGAUUCUAUCCACGUUGCCGCCAUGCCGCGCAUGAACGCGUACCAAUGGAUCCUGCGCACGGACAUGCAUGCGUUCGUCACGCGUGCGUUUGCCACGUGGAAGCCGUCGGCGAUGGCCGUGAGUCGCGGAUUGUACCCGUCCGGGUCCGAGGCCGUGUUGGCGCGCCUGGUCCAUCGACCCGCCCCUCCGCACGUCGGCGCGACGUGGUAUGGCCCGACCAAGCUGAUUCAAGCCUGCGCUGCGCAAGCCGUCCACGUCAUGACGUCCUCCGUCGUCCAACAUGCAGACCUGACGCCGCAUCUCGACGACUCGGGGCGUAUUCUUCGGCUGUUUGGCGCGCACUUCGCCCUGGCCAACUGCACCGUCGGGUUCACCGUCGACGUGCGCGACGACAUGCUCGACGUACCUUCCACCUCUGGCGACUCGACAGCCGACCAUGCCCAUGUGGUCGUCCCUGCCGACGAAGCGGCCGCCUUGUACGCGGCAGCCCCCGACACGAGUAUGUCAUGGCAGAAGAAGGAUGUUGUCCAUGACUAUGUCCAGUACAUGGCUGUACAAGGACGCCACGCACUUGCAAAUGUAUCGGUGGACUUGACCUCAACACCAGUAACUGCUGCCCUGGCCACUACUACUACGACUACUACUUCAACAACUCCCACUACGGUUCCAACGACGACUAGUACUAGUACGACGACGACAACUAGUACUACUACUAGUAGUACUACUAGUACUAGUCCCCCCCCGCCAUGGUUUGUCCGGGCCGCGGUGGUAUUUAUCCCAACGGGGGGCGAAGGCGCGCGGUUCGUCCAGCAACUUCGCUGGUUUCGUCGCAGCUGGCAGCACAUGGCACUGACCGAGCCCAUGACGUGGCGGACGGACAUCGUCGUAUACGUGAGCGGUCCCGUGCCGGAGCUGGCGGCGCUGAAUUGCUCUGCUGCGAACGUGCGGACGUCGCGCGAGUCGGCCAAUGCUUGUGUGGUCAUUCCGACCUACACUCGGCUCAAAACCGACGCAUUUGACUAUGCGUUUGGGGACUCGAUCAACGUUUUGGCCGUGACCGACAUUCCUGAAAUGGCGCACUAUGAUUGGCUGCUGCGCACUGACCUCGAUACGUUCUUGACGCCAGCGUUUUCAACGUGGCAACCUCUGAAGAUGACAGUGGGUAUGGGGGGGUAUUCGUUUUCAGAGACCAACGCGGCUAGACUCGCGCGGAUCAGCGGCGACUUGGGGCUCCACGAUAGCCACCUCAACAACAUUGGCUCGACCUGGUACGGCCCCGCCGACCUCGUGCGCACGUGCGCGCAGCUGGCGGUGACCACGAUGCAAUACCUGCAUGAGCAUGAGUUUACAGCUCAAGAGAAGAGCGACGAAUAUGGGAUCCAAGGCUGGCCCGAGUGGCAUCACGGCGUGCUGACGUUGUACGCAGGGCACAUUGCAAUCAACCACUGCACCAAAGAUGCGGGGGUUGUCAAAGACGAUGUGAACUUGGAUUAUGCGACAACGUCCACCGACGCAGUGGCACAACAUGCGCACCUGCACACGUGGCAGAACGACCGGCGGUUCUCCAAGUUUGUGUUUAUGAGUGGCGGGUACUCGUCUGAAAACAAGAGCGCGCUCGACAUUGCGACCGUCGCCGAUUAUGCCAUGUAUAUGGCGCUGGAUUCGCAGGAAACCGCGCCGCCACCGCCCAUGAUGGCCACUUCCUCGACAGUGGACGCCGAUGAUUCAUUUGUCCGGGCGGCCGUGGUGUUUAUUCCACGUAAGACUCGGGAAGAUGUGUUUGUCAAGCAGUUUCGCUGGCUGCGACGGAGUUGGCUCGAGAUGCAAAAGUCGGAACCGGCACUGUAUCGCACAGAUCUCGUCGUUGUUUCGGAUGGGAUCAUCAAAGACCUACGCGCGUUUGGAUGCACGACCAAGCCGCGAGCGUCGCGAGAAUCGCCCAAUGCAUGUGUACUGGUUCAAGACUACAAGCUGCUCUAUUCCAAGGAAGAUUUCGACUAUCGAUUUGGCGACAGCAUCAACAUCGUCGCACAUUCAACGCCUGUGCUAGACCAAUACGAUUGGCUGCUGCGCACCGACAUUGACGUGUUCCUCACGCCGACGUUCGCGACGUGGCGCCCAGCCAAGAUGGUUGUCGGCGGCGGCGGGUACCAGACCCCCACCAAUAUCCACAGGUUGGAUCGCAUUGCCAGCGACUUGAACCUCCAUGUAGCCGGCAUGCAUUCAGUCGGGUCGACCUGGUUUGGCCCUACACGCCUCAUCCAAGCCUGCGCCAACUUGACUGUGUACAUGAUGAAGUACCUCCACGAGCACGAGUUUACAGCUCAAGAAAAAAGCCCAGCAUAUGGCACGAAAGGCUGGCCAGAGUGGCACUAUGGCGUGCUAACGCUGUACGCUGGCCACGUGGCAAUCAACCAUUGUACAUUUGAGUCGCUAGCCGAGAAGGAUGACAACAUGCUCGACUUCCCCACAGCCUCGAACGAGCCAGUCACUACCCAUGCGCACCUUCAUACAUGGCAGAAUCGAGGACGAUUCUCCAAGUUUGCAUUCGAAGAUGGCGAGUACGCGGCGGAAGAUAUCGACAAGCUCGACGUGACCAAAGUGAGCGAUUAUGCCAUGUACAUGGCACUGGAUUCGCAGGAAACCCCCGAGCCGACACUCGUGCCAGUCAGCUACGCGCCAGAUUCACAGCAAGGCCAAGUGUUUGUUCGAGCGAUCGUCGUGUGCAUAACGUCGUCGCAUAGCGAAGCUGCCAUUAGCCACUUUCGAUCGCUCCAUCAGAGCUGGAAAUACAUGCUCAAGUCUGAACCAACGCUGUGGCGCACGGAUCUGGUCGUUGUCACAGAUGGCCCAGCACUGCCCGAGCUCCACGCACUUGGGUGUACGGGAAUGUAUCGCACGACCAACGAGUACAAGAGCUUUUGCGUUCAAGUGUCGUCGUCGUCGUCAUCCCAUGUGACACGCGACGACGAUGUGGCAAGCGGAACGUCGUCGCAGAUGGCCCACGCCAUGCAUUUGAUUCAACUCGACCUGACCGAACUGCACUCGUACAUGUGGCUGCUACGCACGGAUGUGUCGUCGUUCGUCACUCCUGGCUUUUCCACGUGGCGCCCCCCCACGCCAGUAUACGGCCCUGCACCAGACAACGCCGAACCGAGUAGCGUCCACGAUGUCACAGGUAUCGCGACCGAGUUGGCUCUGGACAUGACGUCUCCUCUUGGGCCGUUGACGAAUGUCGGAUCGACGUGGUACGGGCCUUCCAAAUGGAUCGUCCAGUGCGCCAAAGCAGCCCUGGCCGUGCUGCUCCACUUGCACAACAACCAGACAUCUCUUUUGAUAUACAAUUCGUCUGGGGCAAGUGUCGCGAUGGCCGUGGCCAUGAGCCACUGCACCAACAAUGACACCGCCCCUGCGUUGCUCAACAAUGACAUGCUGGACGUACCCACGACGUCGGCGGCGUCGCCCCAUGAGCCUGCCCAUUUGAAAGCAGUCAUGAUCGAAAACGAUGUCACCUAUUUCAGCGGGUGGGCAUUUGCGGCUGGGGCGUACGCUGACGUCCAGCUCGAGUCUUUGCAUGCCGACGACACGGCCCACGAUUAUGCGAUGGCGAUGGCCCUCAAAGCUCACGGCGGACUCACCCCCACGUCGCAGCCGCCCUCGUUGACGACGAACCUUGACGAGAUUCGAAGUGAAAAAACUGACCAAGUGUUGCCACGACUUCGCUCGUCCGCCAGUCUUGGAUGAGAUUCCACCAACACGUCCAUAGUAGUUUGAUAAAACCUUAACACUUGAGGUACACCCAGUUUUAUAGCCUGUAA